AUGAGCGUGAACAUGACCAAUGUGGUGGAUGAACUCACCAAAGUUGCUCAACACAAACUCGAAUCUCUUCCCGUCUCGAAAGACAUUCCUCGUCUCGCUCGAAAAUUUACUCUUUUCAGAUAUAACAAACAAGAUUCAACAAUGCAAGAAAAGAAUUUCACAGCGGAUAAAGCCAAAGAUAAGAUUAAUAUAGUCUUGUUCGAAUUGAUGCAUGCUUUGUGUUCAGAGAUUGGUACUCAAUCACCGGGUGGAGCUUCUCAAGAAAUAUUUGACACAGAGGUUAAUACGAAUAUUCCAACGACUUUUGACAAGUAUUUACUCAAGUAUUAUGGAGAGAAUCAUGCAAUUAUCAAGUUAUUGAAAUGUUGUAAUCAGAGUCCUGUAAUUGCUGUGUUGUUUCAUGUGAGAGAAUGUUUAAAGAAUCAUGGAAUUGAAUUUAAGGAUUGUAGAGGAAUGUGGUUCCUGGAUUUCCACACUGGAAAGGACUUUAAAACACCAAUCAUUACUCAGAGACGUAUCGAACAAGUGUAUAGCAUUUCAGAAGACAAAUCCAGUCUUAUUUGCAAGUAUAAAUUUGAAUGGGAGAUAUCCAUACAAUUCGAUACACUACAUUGUGACCAUAUUACAAAAAUUGAAUUGAAACUGAAAGAUCUUGAUUACUCUGGUUAUUCAUGUCCAGAAAAAGAAAAGGAAGAAAGUGGAAAAGUGUUUGCAAAAGCAUUUUCAGGAACUGUUGUGGACGGCUUGAAAAUUGCAGUCACAGGCGAUUAA